UGGACACAAAUAGAAAAAAUGUCAGCUUUGCUAUUGGAUAAUGUUAUGUAAAUAAUGCAACACAUACGUAUUGAAAAAUAAUGCAGUUAUUAAUGUUACGUCGGUAUGCUCUCAGGUAUCAACAUAGUUGCGAAGGACAAAGAUGAAGAUGUAAAUAGUUAAACUACGAAGUUUAAGGUUAAAAUUUCAUAAAAACAUCGGAUCAAAUGCAUAUAAUUUAAAAUGUGGGUCAACUUUCACCACUAUUAGCUUUCCUGAGAAUAGUUUCGUAUCGUAUUUAUUCAGUAAUUGUAAUCACAAUAAUUAUAAGGUAGCUACAAAAAUGUCUCUCUCGAAGUUAACGCUGCAACUUGCUCGAAGAAAUAUACUAGCUGGAGGCUCUUUAGUAACAAAUAAAUUAGAUCAACAUAGGCACAUCACUUAUUCUGAUAUUCGAAAAGCCAAAUUGGCUCAUGAAAAGAAACCUGACUGGAAUAGAGCUGUUAGCGAAGCAGAGAAAAUUGUGGGAUAUCCCACGUCUUUUUUGAGUUUAAGGUGGUUGUUAAGCGAUGAAAUUGCUAAUGUUGCUUUACAUCUUAGGAAACUCGUGGGCUCCAAUCACCCCUUGCUAAAAACCGCAAAAGGUCUCUUAUACAAUGGAAAAAACAAUAUGCAAGCCUGGGGUCUAAUAGUACUAUUAAUUUCUAAAGCUGCUGGACAUUCACCUGAUAUUCCUGAUAUGGAGCAAGACAAGGCUGCUGGGGUUCUUCAUAGUCAAAGAGCUCUAGCAGAGGUUGCAGAAAUGAUCCGAACAAGUCACUUGGUCCACAAAGGCCUUGUAAAUCUUCAACCUAAUGACCCAUCCUCAGAUCCCACAGGAGAUAUGAUGUUUGGAAACAAAAUAGCCCUUCUAAGUGGUGACUAUCUCUUGAGCAACAGUUGUGUCGAACUGGCCAAUCUGAGAAAUCAAGACUUAGUCGAGCUGAUGAGUUCAGCUGUAAGAGACUUGGCUGAGGCUGAAUUUGUCGGACCGAGGGACAAACAAAAUUCCCCAUUACCGGCAAAACCAAGACCUGAUCUUGUAGAGUACAAACAGUUCACAGAUAAUACUUUAGAGCCUUUGGUUGUGAGUGAGGCAUUAGGCAACGCGAGAUCUGAAUGGACGCUGAGACAUGUACUGAACGCAGGAAGUUUGCUUGGUAAAUCCUGCCAAGGUACACUAAAACUAGCCGGCCACCCAGAAGACUUGCAAGAAAAAGGCUACCUCUUUGGCAAACACCUAGCCCUAGCGUGGCAAGCCUGUCUGGACAGGGAACCGUUCACCCUAAACUCCACGGGCCAAUUCAGCCUUAUCAGCGCCCCCGUUCUCUUCACUCUGCAACAUGAUCCUUCUUUAUACACUUUAAUAGAGAAGGGGCAGGAAAAUGUGGAAGACGUCGAUUACGAGGCACUUCGAAAAGCGGUUAUUGAAGGACCUGGGCUUGAAAUGACUAAAACAUUACAGAGAGAACAUUCUAAGGCUGCAUUGGAAGUGCUGAAUGAGUUACCGCCUUCUGAUGCUAGGACUGCUUUAGAAAACAUAAUUGCUGCUAUGCAGGAUUGAGUCGUUUGAACUACCGAUUGAUGGGAGUAGGCAUUAAUGUUUGCAGCAAUUGUUUUUAAUCAGAAGAGGGAUGUUCUGGCAGAGGGAUUUUUUAUAUUAAUGACAUGAGUUCUCUUCUCUUUUAUUGGCAAAAAUCCCUCAAUUUACUAUGAUUUUUUAAUUAUUUUUAUAUAUUUUUACAAACAAUUAACAAUUAACGUAUUUAACAUUAUAACAUAUUUUAUAUAUUUACAUUCCAUGUUACCGUAUUAAAAGACCAAAAUAAGGAUAGUAUUAAUCUUAUACUUAAAUGUUUUUCGCAAUGAUGCAACAGCAAACGCAUUUAUUGAAAUUUCUGUGAUAUUAUAGUUGGCACCUGUUUUAAUCUGUAUUAAGGCAUUUGCCAAAAUAUACCGAAUAGUAAAAAUGCAAUACCAAUAGAGAAGAAAAUAUGUAAGAUAGAUUUAGGAAUGUUAAAUGAUAUUUUUCUAUUGUAAAAGUUGGUA